AUGCUGGCAGGGAGCUGUGGAGACACCCGAAAGCCCCUGGUGACCUGGGGCCCAGGACCCUGGAGCAUGGGACUUGAGGGACCGGAGACAGCUGGCCAGCCGCGAGCAGCCCUGCUGCCCACACCCAACGGGAGUGGGCCAGGCCAGGAGUUCGAAGGCCACUGGCCGGAGAGCCCAGAGAGGUCACCGUGUGUGGCUGGUAUCAUCCCUGUCGUCUACUACAGUGUUCUGCUGAGCCUGGGGCUGCCUGUCAACCUCCUGACCACAGUGGCGCUGGCCCGCCUUGCCACCAAGACCAGGAAGCCCUCCUACUACUACCUUCUGGCGCUCACAGCCUCAGAUGUCACCACCCAGGUGGUCAUUGUGUUCAUGGGCUUCAUCCUGCAGGGCGCCCUCCUGGCCCGCCAGGUGCCCCAGGCUGUGGUGCGCGUGGCUAAUGUCCUGGAGUUUGCUGCCAACCACGCCUCGGUCUGGAUCACUGUCCUGCUUACUGUUGACCGCUACAAUGCCCUGUGCCACCCCCUGCGCCAUCGGGCCACCUCGUCCCCUGGCAGGACCCUCAGGGCUGUGGCCAUCGUCCUCAGCGCUGCCCUGCUGACUGGCAUCCCCUUCUACUGGUGGCUGGACGUGUGGAGGGACACGGGCCCCCCUGGCACGCUGGACGAGGUCCUCAAGUGGGCCCACUGCCUCAUCGUCUUCUUCAUCCCUUGUAGUGUUUUCCUGGUCACCAACUCAGCCAUUGUCCUCCGGCUACGGAAGAGGGCACAGAGCGGGCUGCAGCCCUGGGUGGGCAAGAGCACGGCCAUCCUCCUGGGGGUCACCUUGCUCUUUGUCCUUCUCUGGGCACCCCGCAUCUUCGUCAUGCUCUACCACCUGUACGUGGCCCCCGUCCACCGGGACUGGAGGGUCCACCUGGCCUUGGAUGUGGCCAACAUGGUGGCCAUGCUCAACACAGCGGUCAACUUUGGCCUCUACUGCUUUGUCAGCAAGACUUUCCGGGCCACUGUCCACCAGGUCAUCUGUGAUGCCCACCUGCCCUGCACCCUGGGGUCACGGCCAGAGGGCAUGGCAGGGGAGCCUGUGUUGAGGCCUCCAGAAAUCCCCAAGGGGGCAGGAUGGCAGAGGAGCGUGUGACUCGCCUGGGCCUGCCUCCCACUCCCCGGGCUUCCAGUGGCAACACUGGGGUUUGACUAGGAAGAUAAUCUUCAGGACUGGAGGCCUUUCCUAGCCAGGGGUGCUACUUGGGGAACAGAAGUCCCCAGGGCGUGCUGGAAGAGGGUGGUCUUAAUGUACAUUGGAGGCCCCCAGACCAUCUUGGCCAUCCCUGGGGGACACAACCCCUCAGGUGUCAAACAUCCUGGUUUGAUUGUCCAUUACUCCAUGCUGGGAGCCAGAACAGAUUUGGGGGCCCAGAACAGGCUCUGGGGCUGAAGUUUUUGUUGUUGCCAUUGAGGAUAAAGGAAGUGGCCUCUCAGCCCUGGGGUCCAGGAGCUCAGGAAGGAAGCACUAGGCUGGAGUGGCCCCGACCCUCAGAGCCCAUUCCCCUGGGAAGGUCCUUUCCUCUAGCAUGGGCAGAGAGGAGGUGGCUGAACUCAGGGGCUGGGAGGGGCUCUGCCUGGCCCCCGCCCAGCCUCUGAGCUGCGAGUCUGGGAAGGCAGCCGGGAGAACGUGGCAGAUGGAACUCCCACCUGCCCAAGCCUUGGGUAAACACAUUAGCCGGCUGAGCUGGGCCCCUUUCUGCUUCCCGGUCAGCCUGAGCUGACCUUUCCCCUGAACGCAAGGUUCAGGCCCAGCCUCAACCCCCGCCCCCACCCCCACCCCCACCCCUCAGUGGGUGAUAUGGGCUAGAGAGCUAAUGUGCACCAGGCAUACAACUGGUGCAGAAUAAAUGUCCAGCUCCCCCCUGUGCUCUCUGCUUCCCCCCAGAGCAGGGACAUCCAGAAGAGGAGUUUGGGCCAUGCCACGAAAGAAGGUGGGCAGGUGCCCAGUUCCUUAGCCACCAUACUCGGCUCCAAAAAAAUGCUGAAAACCAAAACGUCAUUCCCAAGAGUGCCACAGACACAUAGUGACACAACCUGACCUGAACCGAACUGAUUUCCAGUCCUGGUGUGGCCGUGGUAUGUGAAGGUCGCUAAGAGGAGGCAGGGUAGACCUCUCGGGGUGCGGAGACAGGCUAGACGGCUGGGGCCGGUGUGGGGCGGGGCAGGACUCUCGCGUUCCUGGCUGUCAGAUGACUUAUUCUAUCACUGACCCUUUGUUAACAUUUGGGGAUGUUAUUUGUCAAAUACCUCUCAAUUCUUCCCAAACCUAUAUAUGAUUUCUGCUGGUUUGGGAGUUGGUUGAAGAAUUAUUU